AGUUUAGUGUAGACUCCCCGAGGUUUCGGUUGUAUCGACAGUAGUUGUAGUGCGUGUGAGCGAGUCGCAAAGCCGUCGGUGUUUUGAUUAUUUGCUGCUGGAUUGAAAGAAAAGAUAUUGUGCUUUUAGAAAUCUUCUUGUUUGUUCGUUUUUUGGGCUGAGCCACAAAUUUCGCUGGCUCUAGCGGUUUGCAAAAAGUGAAUAUAGAGAGAUUAUAAUUAAUCACUAAAACACAAAUGAUCUCAAAGAACUCAAAAAAGUGUUUGAAUAACUCUACCUUAAACCUAAAUCAAAUCGUAGGCGUGAAUAUAUAAAUAAAGAAACAUUUGAAUUUUAAAAAGAAACGCAAAACAUUCUCAACAUGCCACAUAUAGCUGCCACAGGUGCAGCCCACUACAGCGCCACUUCAACAAAGCUGACACCUACUACACACAGGCGUUGGCUGACACUGCUCCUCCUAGGCUGCGUGGCCAGUUUAUGCGGCAAUACGGUGCAAGCCAGUCCGCUUUCGCCACGUGAAGAUUUUCAUGAUAUAACGGGCAAUCCGAAUAUGAGGAACUCACUGCAAAUGCCGAAUCCGUCAGAGUCGCGUGGACAAACGAGACGUGUGGCAUGCCGCCGCGCUUGUUGGGCCAUGUAUAUUACUGAGAACGGUGAUUGUCUCAAAGACACAAUGUGUUAUCAGUGUUAUCUCAACUGUGUUACUCCGCCAGAUCCGGUACAUGUAACCACGACAAGUACGACAACCACCGUACCAACAACUGCAGCAAAUGUGGAACGGCGUCAGUUGCAACAGCAGCAACAACAACAACAACAAUUACAAGCACAAACGCAGCAAUCAUCAAAAAUUAAUAAACCAAUUCAGGAAACUUGGAUGUUGCACACAGUUUCAAUGUUGCAACAAGACUCAUUGGUGCUCGUCGACAUCGCUUGGGAUGCAUUGAAUACGCCAAAUCAAUGUCUCAUCAGCUGGGAGGUAUCCGGUGGUGGGCUAAUGGGCAAUCUCUUGACCGAGUCGUCGAUUGUGCAGUUAUCACUGUGGCCGGACACAAAGUACCGCGUUAAGGUCACCUGCAAGAAUAAGCUCACCGGCUUCAUGUCCCGCUCGCUGCCACUGAACAUUGACACGUCCGAAGCGGUGAUGGCACACGAACAGAGUAGUCAACAUAAAACACAAGCACCGAAUGCCGAUGCCACAUUAAUUUCCACAACAACAAUCGAUAGCAGAACAUUACCAGCCACCAAAGUCGCACAGCAACAACCACAGCAAAUCACCAACAAUGCAAUCGAACACAACAGUAAUGGCAACACUAAAGAUAUGGACGCCGAUAGCUCAUCGCAUUCGAACGGUUAUAUUGGCGAUACCGAUAACGCCGCCGUGCUGCCAUACGAUGAGCACGACGACGAGCAUGAUCAGUCAGUCGAAGCGUUAAAUAAACACACAGAGUUCGUUUUCAACUGGCACUCCGAUAACAGCGACAUUAGCCUGAUUGAACCGAUACACAAGCCCGAUCUGAGCAUGCUCACCAUGGCCGUUGCCGACAUGCAGAAACCCUUCUUCUUCGGCCUGCUCUCGGGCACUAUUAUGCUGGUGUGCGUGGUGCUCGCGUACCGCUGCUUACUGCGGCGUCAGCGCUUAGCGUAUGAGAAGUCCAUGCUAAUCACCGAUGAUGCCGCGCACGCGGUCGUUUCGGUGCCGCCCGCCGAAGUGGCCAUGCGUUUUGCCAACAAUAAGGCGGCGACACGAAAAGCCAUGGAGGGCGGUAGGCAUGGCUGCGGCGCCACCGUGGGUGGCCGUGCUGGCGUUGGCGCUGGCGGCGCUUUGGGCGCGACGUCGCUGGCCUAUCAGCGCAGCGAUGAGGAGGAGGAGUAUGAGCGCGGCGCGCAAGAGGUGUGUAGUAAUCCGGCGAUCUGCUCGAGAAACGCGCUCAAAGUGUAAGUGCGUGCAUGUGCGUAUGCGCGUGAGUUAGUCAGCCGGCGAGAGAUGUGGUGGUAAGCCGUAGCGUAGAAGUGAGAUGUAUCGAUUGAGAUUAAAACAGGAAUUUAUGUUACACACACACUACAUAAAAGCAAAUUAAAAAUUUUAAGUAAAUAAGCUUAUUCCGUAGGCAUGCAAAGGCAAAAACAAGAUUACAAAAUACUUAUAUAAAUAUCGUUAGUUUUGUAAGUGGCAUUAAAUUAGUACUACGACUACUGUAAUACAAGUAUGUAUAAAUUAGGCGACUAGUUGCUGUGUGUUGCCGGUAAACUAAGGUGAUUUACAAAUAUGUAGAUGUUGUCGUUUCGUGCCGCAUUUGUGUCAACUACAUACUUUUCGCUAGACAUAACCUAUAUUUAAGUCAGCAUAUUUACCUAGAAUAUGAACAAACAAACAAGCAAAUACAAAUGCAACUGUGUAGUAUAAAUGCGAGUGCAGUCACACUCGUGCGCAUUAUAUUAGCAUUUAGACUAAAAAUCAAUAUUCAUUCUAAAUAAGCGUGUGUUGCAAAUUACGUAUUUAUGUGAUGCCAAGUUAAAGCUCUGCCUACACAGUCGGGGCACUCACACUACAUACAUAUAUACAGUAAAUAUAUAUAUAUAUAUAUAUAGGUGAGGUUAAAUAGAGUUUAGUGUAAUAUGCGAAAUUCCAUAAUUCAUUAUUUACAGUCGGUUGAUUGCAUUCGUUUGCGUUUGCAUUUGUUGCAAUUAAACAGUUAUGCGAGCGCUGCUUGGUUUGUGUGCUUGUAUGCCUGUGCAUGUAUGUGUACAAAAGUGUGCAUGUGUGUGUGUGUGUGUGCGUGUGAUAAUUUGAGUGCGCUUGUGCAAGUUUAAUUACUAGAAAUUUCAACUGACAGCUGGGCGAAUAUGUUAUAAGUAUGUGUAUAUAUGCAUGCAACAUGCACAGUUAUACAGUAUAGGUUUUGCGUGCUUUCAAGUUGAAGCUUAAAUUGUAUAAAGCAAAUCAUAUAAAUGCCGUUAUAUUAUGUUAAUUGCUAUAAACUUUGUAUGCCAGCAGUUGACGUUUAAAUCAUUGAUUUUAUUUCAAUCGAAUCAGUUUGAGAGAUUCGGUACUUUUGUAGAACAUGUGGACUCUGCUUGGAAAUUUUGAGUCUCUUUUAUAUAAAUAUAUUGAACAUUAAAUACCCUAUUAGCAUAAAAUAUGCUCAGUGAAUUGGUUACUAUGAACAGUAUCAGAGAUGUAGACGCUCGAAGCUUCAGUAGCACAUGAAGUACCAUUUUGAAGCUCUUUUUUGUGAACUUCUUUAUCUGUAGCGUAUGACGCACUGUCCGUACUCUUUACCUAUUUAGAAGGUAUUUUUUUAUAAACGAUAGUUUAAUUCAUACAUAUAAAAAGCGGUUGAAUGCUCUUUACCGUUAGUAGAUAAUCAAAACUCUUUCAAAAAAAGGUCUUCCAAAUUUUUUGUAGCUCAAAAGAGUCCUAAACAACAUAAGAAAUUGCGCCAAUUUUUACAUAUUAAAAUUCGAAAAUUCGCAGAUCUUCAUGUUUAUUUAAAGUAAAAUAGUUUAGUUCUUAACAAAGUUGAGUAAAAAUUAUUGGGAUACCAUAAUCCCUAUAUCCAUAAAUUGCACUUGACAAGUUGGUUUAGAAUUUAAAUCCGCGGUGAUUUUUUUUAACGAUAUUUUUGUCGUCCUUUAAGAGAAUAAAGUAAAAUGUAUGAAAAAAUUAAUUGUGAAUAAAAUUAAAUUUCGAAAAAAUUUUUUUAAUACAAAAUUAAAAAUAAAAUAUUUUUUAAACCCUUUUAACGUCAACUGCGCAUAUGUCAAAAUAGUUUUAUAUAUAAAAAUUCAGAAAAUAAAAAUAAAGACAUAAAUAUAACUUAAAAUACAAAAAGAAAAUCAAAAAUAUAAUUGAACAUAAAUUAAACUAAUGAUGUAGUGGUAAACUUAAUUGCUCAAUUUGCAGUUAGCUAUGUAUGUGCUUUGCUUUUACUUAAAGUUUGACUUCGGCUUGUUGCUACUUUAGAGAAUAUGCCACGCAAUUCAAAAUUUUGUAUAAAAAAAUUAAAUUGUAUAAAUGUUGAAACCCCCUUUACUUGCCCCCAUGAAAAACCACACAUUGACACUUCCUUCCAAGCACGUCCCAAAGCACACACCCACCUUCAUUUAUCAGUGUUGUAACUUUUUCCAAAAACACAACAAUUGAAAGCUACCAAAACCAAAAUAAAACGAAAAAAGAAAGAAAAGCUCUGCAUUUGAAGAAAACGAAAAAAGUUUAUUAAUUUUUGUGUUAUUCUAGAAAGACGCAUAAUCAAAACUAAGCAAAUUUUUUAGUGAAAAUAUUAAGGAAGAGAAGGAAGGAAAGGAAUUAACAGCAAACACUUUUUGAUAUGUGUGUAUUGGUGUGCAAAGACUUAGAUAUUAAUAACAAAAACACUUGUUUACAGUUUGUGUGCUUUACCAAGCGGGGCUUAUUUAAGGUGGGCAUGCGGUGGCGCUGCAAAGGGUGUUGACGUAUAGUUGGUUGGGCUGGAAUAUUAACAGCAUGUCACGCCGUAUGAGUAACAUUUUGAAACGUUGCUUUGAAUUUCUCAAAAUUUUACACGAAUUUCAUGUUCAAGCAAUUAUUUGCAGAAUUCCGUUAUAUGCCUUUCAAGCUGCAAGCCACCGCUGUCUGCUCUCAAACACACCACCAAUUUAUACAUACAAACAACACAAACAAACACACAUUUUGGCAUGAAUCUCAAAACUUUAGGCAAAUAAAUUAUAAGACUAAAAAUACAAAAAGGAAAAAUUAUUGAAACAAAAUUCAAAAUUAACCGUAAUUGUAUUAGAAGAAAUUAAAAAAAAAAAAUUUAACAAAUUAAAAAUACAUAAGUACGCGUAUAUUUGUACAUUAAAAUGAAUGUGUAAAAUUGAUGUGAAUUUGUGUUUCCGCUAGUGCAAAAAACACAACACCGACAAAAACAACAACAACAAUGAACCAAAAACACUUAAAAUGGAAAAAUAACGAGCAACAACAACUGCAAUGCUACCGCUGCGCCAGUGUUGCAUGUUUUUUGCAAAGCAACCACGUAAACACAAAUCAACAACAAAAUUUAAGCAAAAAUCAAAAUGAGUAAAAAAAUACGAAAACAACAACAAAUGAGCACGUCGAUAUUCCUUAUUAAAAACAAACAAACAAACAACAAUUGUAUGUAUGUAAUGUGUGAAUAAAGCGACGAAGCACUUUCCACACAAACCACUAAAGAGCUGAGGAAAAUAUUCUUUCGGACUUUUUUGUUGGUGUGCGGUGCGGAAAAUGCGGACAACGCUGCUUAGUUAAUUUUUCUAGAUGCUAUGAUUUCGCUUUAAAUGCCAUUGCUUUUUAUGUGUAAUUCAUUUUCUCCUGUAAUGUGUAUAGAAGAAAAUUAGAAAAGAAUUUAAUUAAUUAGUGAACAGUAAUUAAUCAAAUAUUUCGGCUAAAUAAGACAAAAUUUUUCAUAUGAAGCGUAUCUGAAAAAAAAUUAAUAAAAAAAGCUUAAAAUGCAGUUAGCGAGCCAAAAAAAAUAUCAUCAAAACAUAUAAAACUAUAAAAUCUAAUCAAAAAGUCGGCCAAUUAAUGAAUAAAUCUGCAACAAAAAAAUUAACCCCUGUCGCUUCCAUUUAUCUGUAACAAUGACAUUGCGGCAAGCAGUUGUGUGGAAGUAGAAUAAAAAGGCUUUAAUAGUUUAGUCAAUUAAUUAAUUGCGCAGUUUUCUAAUUGUAUAAAUUAGUUCCUUAAUUUAGACAAUUAAUUAAUUUCCAAUUUACUAAUUGACCUAGUGAGUUUCUUAAUUGAGUCAAUUACUUAAUUGCACAGUUUACUAAUUGACUAAAUAAGUAACUUAAUUUAGUAAAUUAGAUAGUUGCACAAUUUAUAAUUGACUCAAUUAAUUCAUUGCACAAUUUAUUAAUUGACUAAAUUUAGAUACUGACUGUAAACGCCACAUAUUAUCUAGUUCCAGAAUACAAAGUGACACUAUGCUAAAACAAAUUAAGUCAACUUAAACAAUGAGAGAGUCUAAAUUGUUGCUAAGUAAUUUAUUCGUGCUAUAACUUAAAAUUGGAUGCAUUAAAGCUUCAGGAAAUGGAGACAAAAGUUAUCAAUAGUUUUAAUCAAGAACUCAAAGCAUUCACUUUAUAUUAAGCCGAAAUAAGCUACUUUAAAAUAUUACCAUAAUUAUUGCUAAUUUUUUUUCCACUUAAAGAUCCUUACGAUUUAUCCACCAACUGUUUGCCAGCAAUGAUCAUGAUUCAACAAAAAAAUGCACAAACACAAAUGACCCAAACCACAAAUUCACUGCACUACCAGAUCCCCAAGAACUUCACAAGUCCUUACCGCCAGAGAAUGUAUAUACAAGCUGAAUGAAAGUAAGAUAUGAAACAUGAAUUGAUUGAAGUGCAAAUGUGCUGCGUAGCAACAUUUCUAUGCGUUAUGCUGCAAACGUAAGCAGGAUUGAAGGAUUAGCAUUGCCACGAGGCUUUCAUUUAAAUAAUGCCAGCGUUCGUGCGAUCUUUUAGGCGAAACAUACAAACAAGUAGACAAUUUUACAUUUGUAUAUAAUAUAUUGUUUUCAGCCAUGCAACUCACUUGAAAAUCAUACAAAUUUCUGCGUUCAACCAUUUUCGCAUAGAUUCGCUAUGCCUUAUAGCAAAAUUAUUAUCUCUUUGUAUUCGUGUAGGUACAUAUAUAGAGCUUACAGGCAUAUAAAGAAACAGCAUUAAUUAUAUUAAUAUAAAGGCAUACGAAUGCAUUAAUUCAGACACAUACAUACAGACUCAUACAAUUUAUUCAGCCAAACAAUCAACUCUGCGUUCAAUCAUUGCAUAUUCAAGCAGCUAUUUGUAUGUGUGUCUAUAUGUGUAUGCGUUUGCGCUUCAACGGUAUUUAAACGCUCAUUCAUACAGCAAAUCCGUGUGCAAUUCAAUAUAUGUAUAUAUCUAUAUAUUUGUAUGUGUGCGCAUACUUAAACCCUGCUUGUAAUGCACACAUACAAAUAUUCAAUCAUUUAAUCAAUUAUUCAAGAUAUUCACUCACAUUGCCAUUGACAUUUAAUAAUUCACUUAGGUGCAGUCGCAUUGAGUACUCAUAUGUCAUAGCGUGCAAUAAUCAACACAUUCAUUCAAGCAAUUCAUCUCAGAUAGCAAGUAGAUAGCAUUAACAGUAGGAUAAUCGUAUGAAUACAGGCAUACUUCAGAACUAUUACCACUACAUAAAGCAUAAUCAUAGAUAUCGACUACGCAUACGAGUGUAUAUGUGUGUAUAUUAAACUAUAUAUGUACAUACUCACAUACAAUAUUGGAUAAGCAGGCAUAUGUUUGGGAAAAUAUAUAGUAUGUGGUGACAUACUUACAAGUAUAUACCGUUACAUACUUUAUACCGAUGCAACAAAAUAGUACGUAGAAUGUUAAUACAAUAUAUGUGUGCUACACACACGACUACAAGUGAACAUAUAUACAUACAUAUAAGUAAAUUUUCAAAGGUUAUUGAGCAGCCAUUUUUCAAAUAGCUACAGACAACACAGGCAAACUGACGCCAAUCACACAAACUAACUUACAAAUAUGCAAUAGAAAAUGAGUUAAAAUGUAGCAAGUGGUCAGUGAGGUUAGUGCCGAGGAUAUACAUAAUUAUAACUACUCGCAUUAAUUUUCUAAUUGAUUAAUUUUAAGUGACACCUAAAGCAAGGAAACAAUACAUCAACUUAAGCGGUAUUGUAUAUGCGCAAUUAACUUUAGCAUAUAUUUAGGCGCCACGCAGUCUUUUCGUUCAACACUUGGUUUACUUCUCAAACGGUUUGUGAAUAAACAGUUUUUCGCUAAAAUACUCAAUGUAACGCGCAACGUUUAUUAUUAACAGCAUGUUUUAGAAAUUAGGUUUUGUAAUAAUCAAAUAUAAAAAAAACUUUAUGUAUUAUUUUACAGUUCUUCGUAAUUCAUGCGGUGACUAAGCAAAUAUCAAUCAAAACGCACUUGCCUUCAAGGCAAUUGCAAGAAGACAAACUCAAGAUUUGCUUUCAAAGUUACAAUUUUUAUAACAAUAGUAAAUUCCUUUACAAUUUGAAAUCAGUAAGAGAAGUCAAGUCCAGUUGAUUAUUACAUUAACGUAUACAUCCUCUAGUCUUUUUUUUUCUAAAUAACUAAAAAAGAAAUUCUAUUUUUUAUGAAGGAAGUUUAUUGAAUCUACAACCGUCAUAAUUUUCGGGUGUUUUAGUUAAGUUUAAGAAUAUAAAAAUUCCAGAAUCUUUGUUGUCAAAAAAUCGUUUUUGAAUAACCAAGCUUUUGCUUGAAUCGCUAGUAUUUCGAGAAUUCUAUAUUUUCUGAACCAAGAGAAGUAGAAUUUGCCGUAGGAACUGGUUCUAUGAGAACGUAUAACGCCUGCACAUCUCAAAACCUGCUAAAAAUAUAAUAAUUAUGAGCUACCAAAAAGUUUAAAGCUUCUAUAUUUAGAUCAAUUGCAAAUUCUAUUUGGUUCCUUAGAGAAUGUGACUAUAAUCAGGUGGAUUAAAGUAUACUACUUAUUUGGUAGAAUCAUUUUGCAGUUAGAAUACAAGUAUAACCUCAAAAACCGCAAAAGAGUUAGAUUUGCGCCCCAAGUUAUUAUUGUCAUAUAUUUCUAUUAUAAUUAAUUAUCAGAGUAAUUUCAUUCGUUUGAGACCUAAUGUUAUAAUUCUCAUAAGGUCUCUCUCUCGCUCUCAUACUUUGCUGCCCAUUUGCUACAUUCCAUACACAAAUUCAGCUCAACUUACGAAACAGUCAAUACAAAGUGAGAUAUUUUACUAAUAAUUAUAAGAAAUAGAUCUACAGCGCCAACACACAUAAUUACUAAAUGCUAACUACAAUAAUUUGCAAUAAAAUUGUACUGUAGCUAAAUACUAUUUAGAUGAUAAGCCAAACAAAAGUGUAUUUACAUACUUAAAUACCGCAUAAAUAACUAAACUAUUAAGGCAAAACUUGCAAGGAUUUCAGUUUAGUAGGCUAAAUUAACUGAAAUCCAUAAAUAAGACUGUAAAUACUAAUUUUAUAUCUCCAAACAUAAAUAACUAAGAACUUACUAAAUUAAUAAAUAACUAAAUAAACGACUUUAAUUACAAACGGCAAACAAAUAUGAAAUGCUUACCUUGUAGUGCGUGGGGUCGGGGGUCAAAUGCAGCUCUGUAUUAUUUGCUUAAAGUGUGCAGUGCGAGAAGCUGAUAUUGGAAAUGCAAAUGCGAGCGGUGAAAAUUUAAUCACUUGCCACGCGCACACUACCUUAGUGUUGAAAGUUUCACACACACACACACACACACACAUCGAUAAGCUGAAAGACGCACGUGUGGCUGCCGUUGCGCUGAAGGAUAUUAAAUGUCACUCAAGCAAACGGGCGCACUAGCAUGUGGCAAGCGCUGCCUGUGUACGUGUGUGUGUGGCAAGUGCUUCCAGUGGCGCAACAAAUAAUGCAAAUUCUUGAUGUAUGUGUGCAGAUUGCGCCUAAUUGCAAACGCAUUAAAUCCGUGACAUAUUUUGUAGCCGAAAUACAUAUUCGAAAGAAGCACACCGAAAUUACAGCAUAAAUAUCGUAAAUAUCCGUUUAUAAUGCAUUAGCCAACUGCUACGUGCGUGUGUAUGUGUGUGUGAUGGCUUUAGGCUGCAACUACAACAAAUUGAGUCAAUAUAAUUACCAACACACACACACGCAAGCAAGCGCUGCACACUAAUGCAUAGGCAAACAGAAAAUAUUUUAUAUCACAUGCACGAAUGUGUGUGUGUGUGUGUGUGAGUAAAUUAAUAAACAUCAGCGCGUUGAGCAUAAGCGGCAUAAAGAGUGUGUAAGCUCCAUUGUUUUUGGCUAAUCGGCAAAUAAUCAGAAAAUUUCAUUUUAAAUGCAGUUGGCAGAGCACACACAAACGCACGCACACACACACACACAAUUAUAAGUGACAGCUGAGUGUGCGUGUGCGCCAAGAGAACACCAUUAUGUAAUUAAUUACUAAUUAUUGUUGUAAAAAAUAAAAUAUUUUCAAUUAAAAUUAAAUAUAAAUUAUAUUUGUUGCGCUAAUUCUAAUGUUGUGUGCGUGUGUGUGUGUGACUAUAGCAAAAAAAUUAAUUCAAAAUAAAUAAUUUUGAAAAUACUUCAACGAAAAAACAUAUUUUCAUAAAUAAAAGCCAAUUAAUAUUGUCAAUAAAUCAAUUAUUUAGUUGCUUAAAUUGGUAAUUGAUUUAUUUUUUGAUUUUAAUGUUUACUUCCGGUCCCGUUGCAUACAUAAUCCGUUCGACAAUUGCAACAGCUUGAGGCACACACCCACGCACACAACUUUGAUUGGCACACAAUUGAUGUUUAAUCAAAAAAAUAUAGAAUAUCAAAGUUUAAUUCCUCCAAACACCUUUGUAUAAUAUCUCAGUAGCAAGUAAUGUAAUUAUACUCAAUCUAAUUAGCGUGUUUUUUUCUAGAUUUAAAAGUACUAAAUAAACUAAAAAUACAAUGUGUAAUUUGCAAGCAAACAAAACCGGUUUUUGAAGUCAUUGAUAAGCUAAGUUUUUUUCGAAAAAUUACAAUCUUAAUUGGCAUAAAUAUAAAUAUAAUAAAAUAUCAAUAAAAUACAAUAUAAUUAUAACUAACGGUACGCAUUAAGAUUGUCUAAAACUAAUGUGAAAGCAGCAACUAUAGAGAGUUGAAGAGUAGCACUCCGCAGCGAUAUUCCAUAUUAACUACCAGUAACUACAACUACAACAAAGCAAAAACAAAUCAGCAGAAGCGCAUGUGUAGUGUAGAAAUCUGAGAAUCGCUUAAAUGCAUGUAAAAA